AAAUCUCCAAUCACCGCCCGCCCGCCAUGGCCUCCGCCGUAUCGCUCCUGCUCCUCUCCUCCCCGCGCCCGCUCCACCGCGCCGCCCCGUCCCUCCUCCGCCCCCCCACCCGCCUCCCCCUCCUCACCCCCCGCCCCCGCCCCCGCCUCCUCGCCGCACCCCCGCGCGCCAACAACGACAACAGCGACGCGGUGGGGGCAGCCGACCGCCUGGUAGCCGCCGUCGCCUACCUCUACCCGUUCCUCGACGGCGCGCACCACGGCCGCUUCGUGGUCGCGCAGUACCCGUUCUUCAACGCCAUCCUCAGCCCGCUGGCGCCCGCCGCGCGCCUCUUCCACUCCUCGCCCCUCACGCCCUUCCUCCUCUUCGUCACGCUCUACUUCGCCGUCGUCCGCAACCAGCAGGCCUUCUCCCGCUUCGUGCGCUUCAACGCCAUGCAGGCCGUCGCGCUCGACGUCCUGCUCAUCGUGCCCGACCUCCUCGCGCAGUCCUUCGCGCCCUCGGGGGCCGGGAUCGGGCUCGACAUCUUCAUGAGCGCCGAGAACACGGUCUUCCUCUUCCUGCUCGUAUGCCUCGUGUACGGCAGCGGCGCGUGCCUGCUCGGGAUCGUGCCCAGGCUGCCCAUCGUCGCCGAUGCGGCCGAGCGACAGGUGAUGUGACCGACCUUGCUCCGGUCUCAGUGUGAAAUGGAAUCUGAUAUAGCACAUCCCCAUGGUUUGUUAUGUUUAUUCACAAGUUUAGUAUAGUACACUAGCUGUCUACGGUUUUGUUUAUCAUUCUAAUGGAUGGUUCAUACAAUGGCAUUACAAUGAAUGAUCAGAUGAAUUUGUUA